AAAAGAAGCAUCACACCACGUGAGAAGUAUUUCAGCCUAUCAGAUGUGUUGUUUAAUAUGUGGCCGAGACUUCUAAACCCACCCGUUAUUCUCCUUAUCAUAAGACGAAGCAGGUGACCAUGCAACCAAUGAAUAUGUACAUGGUUCCAAAUACAGGGAUACCUGGAUGUCCACCUGGAUUGGAAUAUUUAACACAGGUAGAUCAGCUUCUCAUUAAACAGAAGGUAGAACUUAUAGAAGCAUUGGUAGGCUUCGAGAGCAACAAUAAAUAUGAGAUCCGUAACUCUGUGGGUCAGAGUGUUUACUAUGCUGUGGAGGAGAACGACUGCCUCACGCGUCAGUGCUGCGGCCCGAUGCGAUCUUUCACCAUCCGUGUCAUCGAUAACUUUGGACAAGAAAUCAUCACAAUCAACCGUCCACUGAAAUGCAUGUCCUGUUGCUUUCCAUGCUGUCUGCAAGAGAUGGAGAUUCAGGCUCCUCCAGGAAACACAGUUGGAUAUGUUCGGCAGCAGUGGCACCCUUUCCUCCCCAAGUUCACAGUAGAGAAUGAGCGUAGAGAGCCGGUUCUCAAGCUCAAGGGACCGUUCUGUGGCUGGAGCUGCCUGCCGGACGUGGACUUUGAGAUCUUGACUCUGGAUGAAGUCAAUAUCGGGAAGAUAAGCAAACAGUGGACAGGUCUUCUCCGAGAGGUCUUCACGGACUCAGACAACUUUGGGAUCCAGUUCCCCAUGGAUCUUGAUGUGAGAAUGAAGGCAGUGAUGAUUGGGGCCUGCUUCCUCAUUGACUUCAUGUUUUUUGAGUCAAAUAACUAACCUCUACGCGAAAUAUGGAGAGAAUGGCAUGAUGUUUGGAUCUGUAUACUUAUACACAUUGUUCAUCUGUGACAUCAAAUGAUAUGCAUGUGAAUUUAGUCUAGAUAGUACUGGUUGUUCUGAAUAAAGCGUAUUGUUUAUUUUUA